GCUCGGCAAAACGCGGAUUAACUUCAUUUAAAUUACAAUACGCCAGUGGUAUUCGUACGGAAUAUAAGCUACCGGCAGCCUAAUCGGUUGAUACGCCUCUCACUGCGUUGUAACAAAACAAUUUAUAUUUAAUAACUUUGAAGUGUUUUGGUUCGACAUCUUCCUUCAACAUGUACAUGAUACACUCUAUAUUUUCCAUCACUUUGCUGAUUUUUGUUUGUCAAAAUGGUUAUAUAUUGGCACAACCCGUUAGUGAUGAGCUUAGCACAUGUGAAGAUCAGCUUACAAAAUAUCGCCGAUUUUUACUACAAGCCAUUUUAAGCUUUGAAGAUGUCUGUGACGCAUACGACACACAUCCACUCAACCCACUUGAAGCUUUCUAUAGACAGGAACAGCAAGACUCCGUUAACGCGCCCCUACUGCAUGCACUACAAUCCGGUAGCACAGCCAGCGAACAGCGUAGUGAGAUUUGGGCUUUUUUCAAACUGUUGAUGGCACAAUUUAACGAUAUGGAUUUUGUCAAUAUCAUCAAGGAAGCUGUUAUUGAUCGUUGUCGUAUCAAAUCCCAACAGCAGCAUGACGAGAAACGCAAUUCCGUUGUAUUGGGUAAGAAGCAGCGAUUCCAUUCGUGGGGUGGCAAACGUGCACAUCUUGCCGCUGACGAAAGAAGCAUGGACAUGUUGUAAGCGCUAGAAGCUGGUUUAUUAAACUAAAUUUUCAACAUUUUUCACGGGCUGGAUAUAUUCGUUAAUUGUAUAUAAAAACUAUAAUUCUUAACACAAACACAAAGCAUGUAAAUUUUCAAACUAUCGUGUACUGUCCACACUGCAACUACAUUAAAGUAAA